AUGUCGAAAUUUGAGAUGGAGCGCGAGAGGAAGCACCCCAAAAACUGGAGCUUUAAUUACGGAGUGAAAGACCAACCACGGGAACAGUUUAACGUCCGGGAUUCUUCACGCCAGAUCCAUCAACAUCUAGCUAAAAAAAAAGACGUUCUGUGCAAGAUAAAAUGGAUGGAUCGGAGAGGCAGAACUAUCCCCAAAACUGUCAGUCCCAAUGUGGAGGAGAGGUGGGAAGAAGGCAAGAGAAGAGAAAGAUGCAGAAUGUUAACCAUGCCAGACAGGUGCCCAAAGAUGACCCGCAGUUUGGGAGAUCCCAACAGUGUAGAGGGAAUAGCACCAAGAAUGGUCAUUGGCAUGAGGUUAAAAGUGGCAGAGGAGAACCUGGCCAAACUCAGGUCAAUGAAAGCCCAGUGA